AUGCCUCAAUCACCCCUUCUCGCUUCAUUCGACCCAUUUGCAACACACCCUUUCACGAACGGCUCCGGCGUUCCACCUCGCCCUCCUUUACCGUCGUCGUAUCCAGUGCCUAUCCCAUCGAGGCAGGCGCAGCCUUACUAUGGCGGCACCAUCACACAGUACCCGCCUCUCUCAUCUUCUGCGUCUUCGACAAGCUCAUCGCAGAGCUCAACACCACUCCGUGCUCCAAGGCCUCAGCGCGCCAAUUCUCCAAUGACGCCCGCCCGUCCGAUCUUCGUGCCAUUCCGUAAAGAUGCGUCCUCGCCAGACCUCGUGCUGAAGAAGUCGCCCAAGCAAUUCACGAAAUAA